UCCUCCUCCAGACUCUCCCUGACUGCUGAGCAGCUCACGAGUGCCCAGCGAGCCCGGAGAGCGGGAGUGGGACAUAACUCGAGGCUGGUCCGAGGUGCCGCGCCUGGGACGCCAGCAGAGAGAGCCGCUGCUGCCCGCGUCCCCGUUCGCCCCUCGCGGUCCCCCACCCCGGUUGCCAGUGGCUAGAUCUCACCAUGAGCUACCCAGGCUACCCCCCGCCCGCAGGCGGCUACCCGCCAGCUGCACCAGGUGGCGGUGCCUGGGGAGGUGCUGGCUACCCACCACCCAACAUGCCCCCCAUCGGGCUGGAUAACGUGGCCAGCUACGCAGGGCAGUUCAACCAGGACUACCUCUCGGGAAUGGCUGCCAACAUGUCCGGGACGUUCGGAGGAGCCAACGUGCCAAACCUGUACCCGGGGGCCCCUGGGGGCGGUUACCCUCCCGUUCCCCCGGGGGGUUUUGGGCAUUCCCCUUCUGCCCAGCAGCCUGUUCCUCCAUAUGGAAUGUACCCGCCCCCUGGAGGAAACCCACCCUCUGGGAUGCCCUCGUAUCCGCCAUACCCAGGGGCCCCUGUGUCAGGCCAGCCCAUGCCGCCCCCUGGGCAGCAGCCCUCGGGGGCCUACCCUGGACAGCCGCCCAUGACCUACCCUGGACAGUCGCCAAUGCCACCUCCGGGACAGCAGCCGGUGCCAAGCUACCCAGGGUACUCUGGGUCCGGGACCAUCACCCCUGCUGUGCCCCCAGCCCAGUUUGGAAACCGAGGCACCAUCACAGAUGCUCCUGGGUUUGACCCCCUGCGAGACGCCGAGGUCCUGCGGAAGGCCAUGAAGGGCUUUGGGACUGAUGAACAGGCCAUCACUGACUGCCUGGGGAGUCGCUCCAACAAGCAGCGGCAGCAGAUCCUCCUGUCCUUCAAGACAGCUUAUGGGAAGGAUUUGAUCAAAGAUCUGAAAUCUGAACUGUCAGGAAACUUUGAGAAGACAAUCUUGGCCCUGAUGAAGACCCCGGUCCUCUUUGAUGCUUAUGAGAUAAAGGAAGCCAUCAAGGGGGCAGGCACUGAUGAAGCCUGCCUGAUCGAGAUCCUGGCCUCCCGCAGCAAUGAGCACAUCCGGGAAUUGAACAGAGUCUACAAGACAGAAUUCAAAAAGACCCUGGAGGAGGCCAUUCGGAACGACACGUCAGGGCACUUCCAACGGCUCCUCAUCUCUCUCUCUCAGGGAAACCGGGAUGAAAGCACAAACGUGGACAUGACGCUCGUCCAGAGAGAUGUGCAGGAGCUCUAUGCAGCUGGAGAGAAUCGCCUCGGAACAGAUGAGUCCAAGUUCAAUGCAGUUCUGUGCUCCCGGAGCCGGGCCCACCUGGUCGCAGUUUUCAACGAGUAUCAGCGAAUGACAGGCCGUGACAUUGAGAAGAGCAUCUGCCGGGAGAUGUCCGGGGACCUGGAGCAGGGCAUGCUGGCCGUGGUGAAAUGUCUUAAGAAUACCCCAGCCUUCUUUGCUGAAAGGCUCAACAAGGCCAUGAGGGGAGCAGGAACCAAGGACCGGACCCUGAUCCGCAUCAUGGUGUCUCGCAGUGAGAUCGACCUCCUGGACAUCAGAGCAGAGUAUAAGCGGCUGUACGGCAAGUCCCUGUACCACGACAUCACGGGAGACACUUCUGGGGACUACCGGAAGAUUCUGCUGAAGAUCUGUGGUGGCAACGACUGAGCGGUGACUGGUGGGUCACUUCUGUCCACCUGCUGGCAACAGUGAUGCCAGGAAAAGGCCAAAAGAAUGUUUGUCUGUUUCUAACACAUCCACAAAAAAUCCCUUCGUGUCCCAGCGUGGACCAUCCAUAGAACCUUGGCCCCAUCCUCCGCCUGCCCUCCUGAUCUGUGUCUUGUGCUCGUGCUGAGGGACCUGGGUCGGUCUUGAACUCUCUCAGGAUACCUCCUCCCCACCCCCACUCCUCACAGCCUCUUGCAGCUAAAGUAGACGUUUUGCUUCCUGACUCAUGCAGUCAUUCCCCUUUGCUUCUGGCUGAAACUCCUGGCUUCGUUUUAGUCAUAUAACGUUGUAUGUUUAUUUGGAGGGUUUUUUUUUUUAAUAUAUAGUCGUUGCAGACAGAUGUGCACACGUCUUUGCUGCAUACACAGUUUGGGUGAGACAGGUGGGGACUGGGGGCGCCAUGUCCUCACUGAGGAGUAAAAGGGAAAACCUUUAAGGGUACUCUUUGCAUCUGGUGAGAAUGUGUCAUGAGCUUUGUUAUUGCCAAACUCACUCCUUUUAAGAAAAGAAAAAAGCCAGAAAGUCAUCUGUUCCAUGCAAAACCACGAGAACAAAGCCAGCUCCCUGCCAGUGACAGGGUUACUUGUAAUUGAGAAUGUGCCUUAAACCUGAAUGUCGAUGGCCAAAAGCUGUUUGCAAAUUAAAGUCAGCCAGCUCUGGAA